CAAUUAGGAUAUUAAGUCUAACAUGUAGUUCAUCGGGGUGUGAGCGCAAUUGGAGUGCUUUUGAGAUGGUACACUCAAAGCGGAGGAAUUGUUUACACCAAAAGAGAAUGAAUGACUUGGUCUUUGUCAUGUACAAUUUGAAACUGAGACAAAGGCACAAGAAUAGACAAGCAAUCAUGAAUCCAUUAUGUUUGGAUGAUGUUCCAUCAGAUGAUGAGUGGAUAACAGAGAGAGAGAAGCCGACUCUUCCAAGAGAAGGAAAUUGGUUGAGUGUGCUUGAUAGGAAUGCUCGACAUGGAUGUCAUUCAGAAGAUGAGGAGGUAGAUGCUCUUGCAAGGGAUUUGGAACAAGCAUGUCGUGACCAUAUUGGAGAAAAUGUCGAUGAAAUUCAUGAAGUAAGUGAUGAUAAUGAUAUGGAUGCAACAUGAAUGCUCCAAGGGAUUUUGAUCAUGACUUUGAUGAUGUUACUAUUGGUGAUGAUGACAUUGAGGAGUUAGGUGACACUGUGGGUGAUGAUGAAGAUGAGGGAGACAAUGAGAUCAACAAUGUUGUUGAUUGUGGCAAUGAUGAUUUCGGCGAUGAAGAUGAUGACUUAUUUUAGUCUCUUAUUUAUUUAUUCAUCUCUUAUUUUAGUUUGUUUUCUUAAGGAUAUCAAUGUUGUGCAAGUGUUAACUUGAAGACUUGAAGUUGAAUUGCUAUUUUCUUUUAGUAUGUUCUUUUGUUAAGAUUUGAGGAAAAUGUUUGAAUGACAACUUGAAUUGCCACCUUCUUUUAUUAUGUUUUCUUUGUUUAAAAAAAUAUGCAAAAUGUAUAUUUGAAUUGAUUAUUGUUAGUGAGCAAGGCACACGAGUGAGGAUGCGAGGAUUUGAAUCUCGAUCUGCUCAUAAGUAUGAGAGCUCUACCAUUUGAGCUACAUUCUCAAGUUUUUUUGGGUCAUUUUAUAUGUAUUUUGAUAGUAUUAGUUAGACACAUAAGAAUUAUUGCAUUUUUUCAUCGUUU